GACGCUGUCAGCAGCAAAGAGCAGCUGAGCCCUGCACGCAGAUGACUGAGGGCACAGCAGGGAAAGGAGAGGACUCAAAUCAUCAAGAGGACCAGGAUGUGAGCAGAUAGGACGACAGGACAACACCCGAAACUGAGAAUUCUGAUCAGCUCUGGAGAUGAAAAGCUGCCCGCUGUGGGAUUUGAAGAUGUGGGCGUUGAUGGGGGUAGUCUGUCUGUGCCACUGUGUCUUUGGACAGCUGUUUGAGACCAAGCUGAAAGGAGCGCCACGUCUGCUCUGCAGUGUACCCGGGCCACCGGGCCUGCCUGGCAAACCUGGUCCCAGCGGGCCCACAGGCGCAGAUGGGAAUGUGGGUAUCCCAGGAAGAGAUGGCAGAGAUGGCAGGAAGGGUGAAAAGGGAGAAAAGGGAGACACAGGGUUGAAGGGCAGGGUUGGCCCAACAGGUAAGAUUGGAGACCGAGGUGAUCGUGGCCCGGCGGGGAAACGGGGCCCUACAGGAGAGAACGGAGAUGUGGGCCCACCUGGUCCUCCAGGCCGUGAAGGAGAGAAAGGGGAAAAGGGCAAACGGGGGCCGCGUGGCGCUGCGGGAAUCUGCAGAUGUGGCAGCCUGCUGCCUAAGUCUGCCUUCUCUGUGGGAAUCACCAGCAGCUACCCUACAGAGAACACCCCCAUCAAGUUCAAUAAGGUCCUCUUUAAUGAGGGCGGACACUACAACCCACAGACGGGCAAGUUUAUCUGUGCAUACCCAGGCAUUUAUUAUUUCUCAUAUGACAUUACACUGGCCAACAAACACCUGGCUAUUGGUCUGGUGCAGAAUGGCCAGUAUCGCAUCAAAACCUUUGAUGCCAACACAGGAAAUCAUGAUGUGGCGUCUGGGUCCACUGUGAUAUACCUGAACCCAGAAGAUGAGGUGUGGCUGGAAAUCUUCUACCAUGACCAGAAUGGUUUAUUUGCAGACCCUGGCUGGGCUGACAGCUUGUUCUCUGGCUUCCUUCUAUAUGCUGACACAAACUACUUUGAUGCACUGGCAGAGGACUAUGUAUAGAACCUGGAAAACACACAACUAAAACAAAAACAAAAACUGCUAGCACUGUUGUUUUGAUAGUUUUGUUACACAUAUGGUAUGGUCAAACUAUUUUUUUAUUCAAAUGUUUGUACUGCUGGUUAUUUUAUUACCAUAGAGACUUAUCUACUGAUUAUAUCAUUUGAUAAAGCUUGAACGAGUGUCUGAUUUAUUUGUUUCGGG